AUGGCGGCUCUGCAGGAGAAGAAGUCCUGCAGUCAGAGGAUGGAGGAGUUCCAGCACUACUGCUGGAACCCGGACACCGGGCAGAUGCUGGGCCGAACUCCGGCCCGCUGGGUGUGGAUCAGCCUCUACUACGUGGCCUUCUACGUGGUGAUGACCGGGCUCUUCGCACUGUGCAUCUACGUGCUGAUGCAGACCAUCGACCCAUACACUCCUGACUACCAGGACCAGCUGAAGUCGCCAGGGGUGACCCUGCGGCCUGACGUGUAUGGGGACAGAGGCCUGGACAUUUCCUACAACGUCUCCGACAACAGCUCCUGGGUGGGCCUGGUGCACACACUCCACAGCUUCCUGGCAGGCUACACCCCUGCGUCCCAGAGGGGCAGCAUCAACUGCUCCUCCGAGAAGUACUUCUUCCAGGAGAGCUUCGGGGCCCCAAACCAUACCAAGUUCUCCUGCAAGUUCACGGUGGACAUGCUGCAAAACUGUUCGGGCCUGGCAGACCCCAACUUUGGCUUUGAGGAGGGGAAGCCAUGCUUUAUCAUCAAAAUGAACAGGAUUGUCCAGUUCCUCCCCAGCAACAGCACGGCGCCUCGCGUGGACUGCGCCUUCCUGGAUGAGCCCCACCGGGAUGCCAGGACCCUGCAGGUGGAGUACUACCCGCCCAACGGUACCUUCAGUCUACACUACUUCCCCUACUAUGGGAAGAAAGCGCAGCCCCACUACAGCAAUCCCCUGGUGGCAGCGAAGCUCCUCAAUGUGCCUCAGAACGAGGAGGUCGUCAUCGUGUGCAAGAUCCUUGCCGACCACGUCACCUUCGACAACCCCCAUGACCCCUACGAGGGGAAGGUGGAGUUCAAGCUCAGGAUUCAGAAGUAG